CGUAAAAGGGUGAAUGGAGAGCGAGUUGUGGGGGGUAGAAAGGGAGGACAGGGGGCGCGGAGUCAGAGUGGCGCAGCAAGUGGCUGCAGGUGGCGACGGUGGCGGGGGGUGGGGAGUGAGGUAGUCUAGGGGUCGCGGAGGAGGAGGCUGAGAGGAUCAAAAGAAAAACUAAAGCUGCAGUCUGGCCUACUGGUCCGGGGGCCGCGGAGCCCCCACCCGGGGAGAUGGACCUCAACCGGAUCAUCCAGGCGCUGAAGGGCACCAUCGACCCGAAGCUGCGGAUUGCAGCUGAGAAUGAGCUCAAUCAGUCCUACAAGAUUAUCAAUUUUGCCCCCAGUUUACUUCGGAUUAUAGUCUCUGACCAUGUGGAAUUCCCAGUACGUCAGGCAGCUGCCAUUUACUUGAAGAACAUGGUGACACAGUACUGGCCUGACCGAGAACCUCCACCGGGAGAAGUAGUAUUUCCAUUCAACAUUCACGAAAAUGAUCGCCAGCAAAUACGUGAUAACAUUGUGGAAGGAAUAAUUCGGUCUCCGGAUUUAGUGAGAGUCCAGUUAACAAUGUGUCUCCGUGCCAUCAUUAAAUAUGAUUUCCCUGGUCACUGGCCAGCGGUAGUCGACAAGAUAGACUAUUACUUGCAAUCACAGAGCAGUGGAAGCUGGCUUGGCAGUUUAUUAUGUCUGUAUCAACUGGUGAAGACAUAUGAAUAUAAGAAAGCUGAGGAAAGAGAGCCUCUUAUAGCAGCAAUGCAAAUAUUUCUGCCUCGUAUUCAGCAACAAAUCAUGCAGCUCCUUCCGGAUUCCUCACAUUAUUCUGUUUUACUACAAAAGCAGAUUCUGAAAAUCUUUUACGCACUUGUUCAGUAUGCGUUGCCUCUGCAACUAGUGAAUAACCAAACCAUGACCGCGUGGAUGGAGAUCUUUCGAACUAUUAUUGACAGAACGGUUCCUCCUGAGACUCUGCAGAUCGAUGAGGAUGAUAGACCGGAAUUAGUCUGGUGGAAGUGUAAGAAAUGGGCACUGCACAUUGUAGCUCGUCUCUUUGAGCGAUAUGGAAGCCCAGGAAAUGUCACAAAAGAAUACUUUGAAUUUUCUGAAUUCUUUUUGAAAACCUAUGCGGUGGGAAUUCAGCAGGUACUACUAAAAAUUUUAGACCAAUAUAGACAGAAAGAGUAUGUAGCCCCCCGUGUUCUUCAACAAGCAUUCAACUAUCUUAAUCAAGGGAUUGUUCAUUCUGUCACCUGGAAGCAGAUGAAGCCACACAUACAGAAUAUCUCCGAAGAUGUAAUUUUUUCUGUGAUGUGUUACAAAGAUGAGGAUGAAGAGCUGUGGCAAGAAGACCCAUAUGAGUACAUAAGGAUGAAAUUUGAUAUUUUUGAAGAUUAUGCUUCUCCCACCACAGCAGCCCAGACUCUCUUGUAUACUGCUGCAAAGAAAAGAAAAGAGGUGUUGCCAAAAAUGAUGGCAUUUUGUUAUCAAAUCCUAACAGACCCAAACUUUGAUCCAAGGAAGAAAGAUGGAGCCCUGCAUGUGAUUGGUUCCUUGGCUGAUAUUUUAUUGAAGAAGACUUUAUUCAAGGACCAAAUGGAGUUGUUGCUGCAGAAUCAUGUAUUUCCAUUACUGUUGUCUAACCUGGGAUACCUUCGGGCUAGAUCCUGCUGGGUACUUCAUGCAUUCAGUUCUCUGAAGUUUCAUAAUGAGCUUAAUCUAAGAAAUGCAGUUGAACUGGCAAAGAAGAGCCUGAUUGAAGAUAAGGAGAUGCCUGUCAAAGUUGAAGCUGCCCUUGCUCUCCAGUCAUUAAUUUCUAACCAGACACAAGCUAAGGAAUAUAUGAAGCCACACGUAAGGCCUAUCAUGCAGGAGCUGUUGCACAUUGUUAGAGAGACUGAAAAUGAUGAUGUUACUAAUGUCAUCCAGAAGAUGAUAUGUGAAUAUAGUCAAGAAGUAGCCUCAAUUGCUGUUGAUAUGACCCAACAUUUGGCUGAGAUAUUUGGCAAAGUUCUUCAAAGUGAUGAAUAUGAAGAAAUUGAGGACAAAACAGUAAUGGCUAUGGGAAUUUUACAUACUAUUGAUACUAUCUUGACAGUUGUAGAAGAUCAUAAAGAGGUUACUCAGCAGUUAGAGAAUAUCUGUCUACGGAUCAUUGAUCUUGUUUUACAGAAACAUGUAAUUGAAUUCUAUGAAGAAAUUCUUUCACUGGCAUAUAGUUUAACCUGCCAUGGUAUUUCCCCUCAGAUGUGGCAGCUGCUAGGUAUAUUAUAUGAGGUUUUUCAGCAGGAUUGUUUUGAAUACUUUACAGAUAUGAUGCCUCUCCUGCAUAAUUAUGUGACAAUAGAUACAGAUACUUUAUUAUCUAAUCCAAAGCAUUUAGAAAUACUUUUUACAAUGUGUAGAAAGGUUCUAUGUGGAGAUGCAGGAGAAGAUGCAGAAUGUCAUGCAGCCAAACUUCUUGAAGUCAUCAUUCUUCAGUGCAAAGGAAAGGGAAUUGAUCAGUGCAUUCCACUCUUUGUUCAACUCGUUUUGGAGAGAUUAACCCGAGGAGUCAAAACUAGUGAGCUCCGCACCAUGUGUCUUCAGGUUGCAAUUGCCGCCUUGUACUACAACCCUGAUUUGCUGCUACAUACUCUAGAACAAAUUCAAUUGCCUCACAACCCUGGACCUAUAACUGUACAGUUUAUAAAUCAGUGGAUGAAUGAUACAGAUUGUUUUCUUGGGCAUCAUGACCGGAAGAUGUGUAUAAUAGGACUGAGUAUCCUUUUGGAACUGCAAAAUCGACCUCCUGCAGUAGAUGCUGUAGUGGGACAGAUUGUGCCCUCAAUUCUUUUCCUUUUCCUUGGCCUAAAGCAGGUCUGUGCUACCAGACAACUGGUAAACCGCGAAGAUCGCUCGAAAGCAGAGAAGGCUGAUAUGGAAGAAAACGAGGAGAUUUCAAGUGAUGAAGAGGAGACAAACGAAACUGCUCAAGCAAUGCAAUCAAAUAAUGGAAGAGGUGAAGAAGAGGAGGAGGAUGAUGAUGACUGGGAUGAAGAAGUAUUAGAAGAAACUGCCCUUGAAGGAUUCAGCACACCACUUGACCUUGACAACAGUGUGGAUGAAUAUCAAUUUUUUACACAAGCUCUGCUAACUGUGCAGAAUCGGGAUGCUGCUUGGUACCAGCUGCUCAUGGCACCACUCAGUGAGGACCAGAGGAGGGCGCUGCAGGAGGUGUACACCCUGGCUGAGCACCGGAAGACAGUAGCAGGUCAGCUCUCCAGAUUUCCAGAUUGGAGUGCAUGUGUGAGCAUGCCAGUAGUCAGCCUUAUUAAUGAAUCUUGUGGCACCUGAAGACUGUUUUAGAAA